AUGUUGCCGCGGGAUUCGCGUACGAUAUUUGUCAUGCUCGGCGUACAAUGCCCGCGCGCGCUAUUCCGGCGCUCAGAGUCGUCGGAUAUUCAAUCCGUUAUUGGCGUGCCGACACACACGCACACGUACCGCGACAACGUUGCCGCGCCCCGUAAAACGACUCCGGCACAACUCCGGUUAUUAGACAAUACAAAUCGCGGCGCGACGUUGCGGCGUACC